AUGGAAAAAUACAGCGAAGGCUACAAAACAGUUGAACGCAAAGCACAGACACUGUUGUCAACCAUGCCCAACUCUUACUCACAGUUCAUCUCAAUCUCACGACAAGUAUUGGUCGCAAACACUCGAUCUCAAGACUCGAGUCAAUCAUCCCUUCAUUGGAUUAGAGGUCGCAAAAAAGGGCGUGGCUUCGGCCCGCGUGGCGGUAGCGGUGGUAGUAGUGAUGGGCGCGUAGGUGGUGAAGGGCACCAAUCAUACGAGUCGAGAGGUGGUCGCGACGUCGGUGGCGGCGGCCAGGGAUACAGUGGCGGAGGUGGUGGUGGUCAACGGGGUAGAGGUGGCGGCGAUGGUAGCGGUUCCCGUCCUCCUCAGCACCCGAACGCGCCCAAUGACAGUGGGUUAGAGCAAGCGGUGUCCAAAUUGGCGAUCGGCUAUCAACCGCCACCGCGCGGUACCGCAGGCAGAGCUAUACAGUUAAUUGUCAAUCACUACCGGAUCACCGGUUGGGAACAGAUGUCGUGCUAUCUGUACGACAUAGACAUACGACUGCCCCGACGCGACGGCCACGGCUUCGUUCAGAUGAGUGCCGGGCCCACCGGUGCCACGGGUGGUCAGCCCGCGCGCCGACUCCGCAACGAGCGCAGGGCCGACAACACGCGAGUUGUGGCAAAAAUGGCCGCCGAAUGGGCCGAUGCUUUCAGCGGCCGUUUGUACGCUUUCGACGGCCAGAAAUUUCUAUACGUCGGACAACAGUUGCCGGCGGUGUCCGCGACGCCCACCACUCGGCCAGUUGUCAUACAAUUGGACGGUUUCGCGGAACAGACAUUUGAGGUGCGGAUUCAAUACGUCAAACCAGUAUCGAUGACACCGUUGGUCGAGUACUUCGAGGGCCGUAAUCGGCGCCCAAAUCCCGAGGACUUUCGCGAAGCCUUACAGGCGUUGGAUGUGGUGUUGCGAUAUAUGCCGGCACAGAGUCUGGUCUCGAUCUAUAGGAGUUUGUACGCCAUCGACGGUCGGGAAGCGGUGACCCGUCGGCAAGAGGGAAGGGGUUACCGUCCACUUGUCCCGACCAAUGCUGAGAUAGCUUUUGGUCACUACCAGUCCGCUCACGUGACUCAAACGGGAAUCACUUUAAACGUUGACCGCACGGCCACUCUGUUGGUAAUUGGCGGUCCACUGAUCACAUUCAUUGAACGAGAGCUCAAUAUAACGAACCUUCGCGCUAUCACGCGGUUGACCGAUGAUGACAGACAACGACUUAAUCUGAAGAUUAAAGGCCUUAAGAUCUACACGGAUCACAUACCGAACCAAAAGCGCCGAUUCUUUAUCGACUCAAUGAUCGCCCAAAGAGUACACGAAUACCGGUUCGACGAAACCGAUGGCCAAUCCGUUACAGUGAAGGAGUACUUCCGGUCGAAGUACCCGAACACAGGAGAGUUGUUGCAAAAUGUGGGCCUCAUUAAGACCCGGAACAACAAAUACCUGCCGAUAGACGUGUGUCACGUAUACCCCGAUCAGCCGAUGCCUCGCCGUAUAGUCGAGAGGACACCUGAGAUGACACAACAGAUAGUGAAGAGCGCCAACAGUCAGAAGCCGAGCACUCGUUUCGAUCUAAUACAGCAAUCGGCCGAAGAGGUGGAAGCGGUGGGACGCGCUCUGAUGACCAGUUUUGGCGUUAAUUUAGAGGUAAAUCCCAUUCAGCUGUCCGGACGUGUACUGCCGGCGCCCCAACUGGAGGGCAAUCUGCGGCGUUUGAAAAGUGGCCGCCCAUUGAAACGGUACGCGUUCAUCAACUACUCAGUUGACGGGCCGUUGAGGUCAACGACUAAAUUCGAGGAGUGUUUCGACCGGUUCUUCGCCAAACUGGUCGAUAAGGCCCGGGAAAUGAGCGUCGAUAUAGCCGACGGGCCGGAGGCUAAAGUGUCGCACAGAGCCACUGACCAAGUGAUAGCCGCAGAUAUUGCAGAGUUCAAGCAGUUGGACAUGAUAUUCAUCUGCAUUGCGUGGUCACCGAUUUACAAGACCAUCAAAUACUUGGCCGAUGUGCACGGCGUGCCCACACAGUGCGUACUCGACCAGCACUUUAUUAAGACACCUCAAGAAAUAUAUUUCGCUAAUCUUAUGCUGAAAGUGAACGCCAAGAAUGACGGCCAGAAUCAGGUGUUGGCCCCGGAGUGUCGGCCGUUCGCUGCCGUCAAAAAGCGGGCCGUUAUGGUUGUGGGCGUCGAUGUGAUACAUCCGGGAACCGGUGGCGCGGGUGACGGACCCGUGUUCUCGUCCAUCGCCGCCUCAGUGGCCACUUUUGACGCCGAGUUUAGUAAAUAUCACGCGGCGGUUGAGGGACAGCCGCUGAACACCGAAAUAAUCGCCACUUAUGACCGGAUGUUUGUCCGACACUUGAAGAACUAUCGGGCGAAGAAUAGCAACGCUUUGCCGGAGAGUGUUAUACUGUUCCGCGACGGUGUGUCCGACGGACAGUUGGAUCAG